GAGCAUUUAAUAACUACCUACUGUUCCAAAAUAAAAUCGAAAGAAUAAGAAGAAUUCUUGCCGUCGUCCUUAUUAGGUUACAAAUAUUCCUCUUUUCUUCUUCGUCCUUUUUUUCUUUCACCGAUCAGUGUUGCCGAGUGCCGACUCUCCAUAGUCUUAUCUCCGUCGCCGAUCUGCAUCUCGUCGUCGAAUUCGCCACGUUCCACUGCUGAUUCCGAAUUUUCCGUGUUCUCUCGUCGUCUCUGCCACCGUCCCUGUCUCCCGUCGCCGUGUUCCAUUUAGGUACUCCAUUGCUCCGAUUUCCUUAUUCAGUGUAUGUGUAUGAAUGUGGAUUUGACGUUAUUUUAAGCUAUUUCAUUUUCUUGUUCUGUACUCUCGUCCUCCUUAUUGUGGAGAGUCCAAAUGGAUCCGCAGACGCAGAACACUUCUUUGCCGCGAGUCCAAAAUGUCGAGAAGGGAGUUAACGAUUUGGAACUAGGUGAAGGAGUGAUGGAAAAACUCGUGAGCCCUUCAGGGGAAGACAUGAACUCGCGAGCUCAGCUAAAUGUCAAGGAAAAUCGGAAGAAUGUAACUACUGGAGUGACCAGUUUUUACUCUCGGAUCUCCUUUUACUCAGUCGCUACCUUAGUUGUCAUCACCAUUCUCGUUGGGUCCAUCUUUGUUCUAUGGUUUGACACCCGCAACAUUGGCACCUUGCACAAGUUACUGUAUGUCUUCUUGUCUGCUGCAACCAUUCCAUACAUUGGUUUGCUAUUCAUUUGCUUGUGCAAUGAUGUUCCAGUCCCGAGUUAUCGGCUAGGAGCUGAGGGGCGGUUUGGGAUCUACCUAGCUACAAUGGUUGUCAUUUAUUGCAUAUCCUACAGCAUCGAGGACUUUGAUGUGAUGAUGGAAGUGUCAUUUCUGGCGAUUAUGUCUAUAACAGGAGCGGUUGCAAUCGUUCAACUUCAUUCUCCUGCCGAGGAUUUAAAUUCCAGCCGAACCACAUUCAUACUAUUUCUAGGGACGAUGUCUGCUAUUCUGGGUUGUGUAGCGAAGGAUUCUUGGAUGUCCCUUUCUGGUAGCCUCUGUUUCUUCAUGGUUGUCAUGUGUCUCAUCAAAAUCAACUGCUUGGCUGCUGAUCAUUUUGAAGAACAACAACGAGAACGCCGUCGCCGUCGCCAUCCCCAUUGUAGCAAAGAUGUCGGAGAGUGACGCAGUGGUGACUGCCGGCAAACGUGGAGAAAGAAGUUCAUGGCUUUGUGAGAAGGAGAAGAUAAGAAAUGAAAUGGGUACAUAUGUAAUUACCAUUGAAGAGAAAUUAAAGAAUGUUACAGUAA